AGUAAUGUAAAGGUUUGACCUUGGAUCUCUCAUCUCUAUCUAUCUAUCUUCUUCAUUAGGAUUAGGGCUACGGACCUUGCUUGCUCGUAUCUUCUGUUUAAGCUGCGAUAAACUGCAUUCACGAGUGUUUACUAUCUGUGCUAUUCGUAUUCCGGUGCUGUUGAUUUGAAGAGCUCAUGUUGUAAGCAGACUGUUCAGUGAAAGGAUUUAAGGAAUGAUCCUCUCAGCACUUUUGACUUCUGUUGGAAUCAAUCUUGGACUUUGUUUUCUGUUCUUCACAUUGUAUUCUAUAUUGAGAAAGCAGCCAGGAAAUGCGGAAGUUUAUGCACCACGCUUGGUUGCUGAGGGGAAAUCUCAGCAAACCAGUAAUUUCAAUUUGGAGAGACUUUUGCCGUCCGCUGGUUGGGUGACAAGAGCAUGGCGACCCUCAGAAGCAGAGCUCUUAUCCACCUCGGGCUUGGAUGCUGUUGUUUUCAUGCGCAUUUUUAUAUUCAGUGCUAGAGUUUUUACCUUUGCUGUCAUCGUGGGGAUUUUCAUUCUUCUGCCUAUCAAUUACAUGGGGAAACAACUAAGUCUUGAUUUGUUUGACUUGCCCAACAAGUCUCUGGAAUCAUUCACUAUCUCAAAUGUUGACGACGGAUCAAACAGGUUAUGGAUCCAUUUCUCAGCUGUGUAUAUCUUCACGGCAGUUGUUUGCUAUCUUCUUUACUUUGAGUGUGACUAUAUUUCAUCAAAGAGAAUUUCUUACUUUUAUUCAUCAAAACCUCAUCCACAUCAGUUUACCAUUUUAGUUCGAAGUAUUCCAGCUUCAUCAGGAAGAAGUCACAGUUGAAAGUUUUUU